CAAACCACCUCCCAAUUACAAACUUCUCACAACCUGACUGAAUAGUCAGAUAAUAGAAUAAAAACUUGAUGAGCGUAGGCUUGAUUUUCUUGAUAUUCAGCAACGCGACAACAACGCGACUACAACACGACAGCAACGAGGUCAGAAGCAAGGCCAGAAAAGGAGGAUAAUAAAAGGAGAUCAUGUCGCAUGAUAUUCCGACCCCUCCAGACUCGGAUCAAGAAGAACUAGACGACAUCGUCGACUUCACCCACCUCUCCGUCACCGACUCCCCCUCCCCAUCAUCACCCAUUCCCACUACUACAACAACAACAACAGAAACCGACGAGCUAGAGUUUCCACCACUAUCCCAAGAAGACGUGUUAAGCUGCCAAUUCUCGAGCUGGCAAAAGAUCUUCCGGAGACAUGUGCCGAAGGCGACGGUGCUGAAGCCGCUGGAGGACGGGUUUAUUGAGUAUUUGAACUCUGAUGGAAUUUUUUUGCCGUCUGAGAGUGAGGAAGGCGAGUGGAGUUCAGAUGACGAGUUUAACGACCGAAAUACACGGAUCAAGGAAUUAAACCCCACCACCACCACUACUACAGCAACAACAACCACAGAAACAGAACAACUGAAAUGGAGCGACGACGAAGCCGACGAGAACGACUUCGUGAUGGCGUUUCCGGAGCUGGAUCAGAAGAUCAGGGAAGUAAUCGACGACUACGGCUCCGUCAUGCCGAAGCUGAACUGGUCGUCUCCGAGAGACGCGGCUUGGAUAUCGACGACAAACACGCUGAAAUGCGUAACUCCAAAUGACGUCUACCUCCUCCUCAAAGCCUCCAACUUUAUAACCCACGACCUCCUCCACGCUUUCGACGCCUGCUCCUCCUCCUCCUCCUCCUCCUCCCCCCGCCCAGACUUUGAACUAGUCCUCAAGAAAUGGAUAAACAUCAACCCCUCGCUCGAAUUCCGCAUCUUUGUCCGCUCCCGCCGCAUCCUCGCAAUAUCGCAGCGCUCGUCAGCACAUUUCGCGUUCCUCUCCCCGAUCCGCGCCCAUCUGCUCUCUCUCAUCACCGAGUUCUUCAACUCCGCCUUCCUCUCUCCUCCCGCUACAUCCGAAUUCUCUCUACAGAACUUUGUCUUUGACGUCUACAUCCCCAAACCAGACGAGCAGCCUGCGAAAGUAUGGCUCGUGGAUAUAAACCCUUUCUCCCCUACAACCGACUCGCUCACCUUCUCCUGGUCCGAACUGCUCUCGCUCGACCCGUCCUCGUCUUUGCCGCCUGAACUCAGACUUGUCUCGGCAGAAGACGGCGUACAUUCGUUUUCCACAAAACCGUUUUCGGAAAGUAUGGUCCCGCGCGACGUCGUCGACGCUAGCUUGACCGGCGGCGUGGGCAUCGCGGAGUUUGCAAAGCAGUGGCGCGAUAUGUUGGAUAAACAGGCUGAUCCUGACUCGAUCCCUGACGACGAUGAAGGUAAUGAGGCCGAUGAUGAAAUGUAAAUGUUAUCUAUAAUUAUAUAGUAGUAUAUUUGCUGUCAGCUAUCUCUCGUAUCUGCCCGAUACAUGCACAAGUUCUCAGCAAGAAAGCAAUAAUGCAGCACAUCAUCUCAUCUCAUCCCAUCUCACAGCGAAAAUCAAUAUAUGAACAAACGCAACAAAAUCAUCCCCCAGGCAACUCAAUCCUAAAAUCAAAAGGAACCAGCCAAACGCCCCAAACGCCAGUCAUGAACAUCUCAACUAUUCCUUCCUCAUGUCUGAUGCCACAAACAAACAAUCUCAAAACCACAAACUCAACAAAUUGUUAUUGCCAAAUCACAAGAAACCAGAUACAAAAUACCGUCAUCCAUUACUUCAGCUUACAGUAUUCAAUCAA